UAAAUAAUGGAAUCUUACACCUUAGAAUUACAUCCUUCAACACAAGUAUAUAUCGCUUUAUUUGAAAAUGUAAAAAAUGCAUCAGCUUUAAAGCAACGAUUUAUUGAUCAAGAUGCAACUCUCACUUGUUCUUUAAUUAACGCUAAAUUGGUUAUUGAUAAAUCUCAUAUCCUGCUAGCAACAAACAGAGCAGUAUCAGACGAAGCAAACGGUACUCGAAAAACACAAAGCAUUCAUUCGGAAAUUCUUUUUAAUUUUGGCAUCAUAAAUAAUAUUGGUAAAAUAUUUCGUACAUUUGGUAUUACAGACGAUACAACCAAUAUCAUUGCUGUUAAAGUAGGAGGCUCAGAAGCUGAGGCCGAGUCAUUUAUGAAGGAAAACAUUCAAGGUGAUUUAGUGCCUUUAGACAACUUGAAAAAUAUAACCGACUUUAAAGAAAUUGAAAAAGUUUAUCAAACGGGUGAUCAAGGACAAGAUAAAGAAAAGUUACUUUCACUUGUUGCAGGCGGUAUAGCUCUUAGAGGCCAUACUUAAGAAAGAAAGACAUAAUAAUAAUAAGAAUAAGAAUAAAACGUAUUGGUUUGUUAGCUGCUCUUUUUUCUUUUC